AUGAAGGAUCAAGUCAAUACUAAACUGGGAACCCCUGUUCCGUCAAGGAAGCACGCAGUGUCUGUGCAACUUCCAACCUGGCAAGAUAUGGUGGCAUUGGGCAAUGGAGAUCUCACUGUGAUUAACGCCUUGAGAAAUGGCUAUCCGCGGUCCAUUCUGCAUCGACACGUUCAGAGCCUUGCUUCAAAAUGCAACGCCAUCUUGGCCGCCAGUUUCGAAGGAAAAGGGGGACUAUCAUUAUUCCCUGAUGCUGAUAGUGCUGAAGCGUGCCGAGCAUAUCUUGGCAACUCUCAGAUACAUGGAAGUAACGCAACGCCUGACAGCUUGGUUCGAACACUCUUUCUCGCUUUCGAAGGCAGACCUAAUUUGGACGACGACUGUGGCGGCCAAGGACUGGCCCCGUUGUGGGCAGUCGCAUAUCCAGAGAGCUCCGCAACUGUUGCUGCAUCUUUUUGGCGCUUGACGGGCGUAGGGAUAUCAUCUCGACGGGCUGAGGCAUAUCUCUUAGAGCACUCUCAGAUUCAGAUCAGGCCCAUCGAAUCACUUCCGCUGCGCUUACAGCCACACACGCACUGCGAUGCUCCUGUCCAUGAACAGCUUCGUCGGCGGAUCUCGAAGAUUAUGGGGCUAUCAAUACCACGCUCAAGCGGUAUGACGUGUCCAGAUAGCUCCGACGUCUUUCUGUUUCCGUCUGGAAUGUCCGCCAUAUUCAACGUGCAUCGCAUGCUACUGAAGUGGCGUCACGCGGAGAGUGUGGUCCUCGGUUUUCCAUAUGAGCUUACGCUGAAAAUGCUUCAGACAUAUGGACCCUCGUGCAAGUUUCUAAGCGCUGGAACCAAGGAAGAUCUCGAUGAGCUAGAGCUUUAUCUCCAUCAAAGGUUGCAAGAUGGGUCCACGAACGUCAGCGUGCAAGCGAUAUGGUGCGAAUGUCCCUCGAAUCCCUUGCUGUGGACUCCGGAUCUCCAACGUGUUCGAAAUCUGGCAGACAAGUACGACUUGGCAGUAGUGGUGGAUGACACAAUUGGGACAUUCGCCAAUGUGGAUGUGAUGGAUGUUGCGGACAUUGUAGUCUCCUCUUUGACAAAGGCAUUCAACGGCUUCGCCGAUGUGCUCGCUGGCAGCGCUGUGUUCAAUCCCAAUUCCCGCCACUACCAUGUCUUGAGGACCAUGUUCGAAGCAUCGUAUGCCAACAAUCUCUACGUAGACGAUGCCACUCAACUCGAACUCAAUAGCCGUACGUUCUUGGAUCGGGUGUCACGCAUGAACCAGACUGCUGAGUACCUGGUUGAUUAUCUUCGAGCACUCAUAAGUCGGGCGUCCCGGAUGUCAAGCCUGAUUCAAUCAUACAAUCGUUGGAACCAUGUCAUACGCGCGGUACACUUCCCCAAAGGCAGCGCCUCAAUGGAAAAUUAUGUGCGGCAGAUGCGACCCGCGACAACUAUGUUCAAGCCUGGAUACGGUUGUCUGUUCACAGUCGACUUUCAAACGGUCGACAUAGCGGCCGCGUUCUUCGAUGCACUCGAACUACACAAGGGCCCUUCACUGGGUGCAGAUGUGACGUUGGCUCAGCCAUAUGUCCAGAUGGUAUUACAGCGAGAAAAAGAGUGGGCCGCAAGUCACGGCGUACGUGAGACUAUCGUGCGCAUCUCGGUGGGAAUGGAAGACAAGGAAUCGCUUCUUCGCCGACUCCAACACGCCCUUACGGUAGCAAGUGCAUCGGUAGCCGACAUCGCAGUAGCUGCAGUGCUAUGAAAGAACCGCUUAGUAUUACCUAGCAUCAGCCACGAAAUUGACCCACUUGCUCCCAG